CUUCUUUUAACGCCUGUUCGCUAACCAACAUCGCCAGCCAAGCUUUCACAACAAGCAGCGAACAGCCAAGCAAGAAUGGAGACAGCAGCGUACCGCGAACAAGCAAAUGACGAGCGAGAACUACCGAGUGGUCAAGAACCCACACUGGCGCGAUUAUACGAGCUGGCAAAACAGCAUUACCGAACAAUAAAAGACAACGAAGCGCAUUUGUUCGAAGAACUCCGGGAGUUACUUGACGAGCAAGGCGCUGAAUUGCAUCGACUGUCCCAACUGGUUGACAGUGGCACCUCAUUGGCGUCGAUUGCAAGCGCAAUUCAAGCCGCGCAGUCGCGAAACACAGUGCUUAAAAGAAAAUAUGACAUGACUGAUCCCACAACCGACGAAGGAUCAGAAGUGGAACCAGAUAUGCCGGCGAGGAAACCCGAGAAAGUGUUUGUCCGGCAAUUCUGGAAGCGAAAGGUGGACGCCGGCUUAUAUGAAGAGUUCCAAGAGACCGCUGGACGUUCAAAACCGGGAGUUCGACCAACUGUCAUAACCGGUUGA